ACAGCCACACAGAGCUCUGUUGGCCACCGGGAGUGGAUUUAUUAGGACAAAACAGGACCUCUAAAAAUAUCUGAAUAGGAACAACUGGUCAGCCUACAAUUAAAUCAGUGUCUGUUAAGUCGGCUGUGCUUAGUUUUUAAUUAUUUUUAUUUAUUUAUUUAUUUUUUACAAAUAUGUGACACUUCGGAUGACUCAUCACGUCACAUUAAAUUUUCACAGUGCUAAUGUUUCAUUUUUCCUGGUGUGAGUCAUAAUGGCCGAGUGAAGAUGGGAGACUGGAACUUCCUUGGGGGGAUACUGGAGGAGGUGCAUAUCCACUCCACUAUGGUAGGCAAGAUCUGGCUCACCAUCCUGUUCAUCUUCCGCAUGCUGGUGCUCGGCGUGGCCGCUGAGGAUGUGUGGAACGAUGAGCAGGCGGACUUCAUAUGCAAUACCGAGCAGCCUGGAUGCCGCAACGUGUGCUACGACCUGGCCUUCCCCAUCUCCCUAAUCCGCUAUUGGGUGCUGCAGGUCAUUUUUGUGUCCUCUCCCUCGCUGGUUUACAUGGGCCAUGCUCUCUACCGGCUUCGGGCACUGGAGAAGGCCCGACAGAGGAAGAAGGCAUUGCUGCGCCGGGAGCUGGAGAUGGUGGAUGUAGAGAUGGCUGAGGCUAAGAAGAGGAUCGAGCGUGAAAUGAAGCAGCUCGAUCAGGGGAAGCUCAACAAAGCUCCUCUGAGGGGUUCCUUGCUGCGCACCUAUGUGGCUCAUAUUUUCACUCGCUCUGCUGUUGAGGUGCUCUUCAUGACGGGGCAGUAUCUCCUUUAUGGCUUCCAUCUCUACCCUCUCUUCAAGUGUGAGCGGGAGCCUUGCCCCAAUGCAGUGGACUGCUAUGUUUCCAGACCAACAGAAAAAAGCGUCUUCAUGGUGUUCAUGCAAUGCAUCGCCGCAGUUUCCCUCUUCCUUAACAUCUUGGAGAUCAUGCAUCUGGGCUACAAGAAGAUUAAAAAGGGCAUCUUGGACUUCUAUCCACACUUGAGAGAUGAGAGGGAUGAGUUUGAUGAUUUCUAUGCCAGCAACUCAAAAAAACAGUCUGUUGUGCAGAUAGCCCGGAAGGCGACAAUCGCCUCUGCACCCAGUGACUACAACUUCUUGAUGGGGAAGGCUCAGGGCACAGGUAUGUACCCAAACUUCAUGAACCCUCCAGCUGUAUUUCCUCUUCAAAGUGAGCUGGCCACUAAGCAGGUUUUGGAUGAUCAUUGCAAAGGUGCAGCUCACAGCCUCACAGAGCAUAACUGCACCCCCACAAACACUACCAAUGAGCCCUGCUCACCACUCUGUGACUCACUGACCCCUCCAAAGCAGGAGGAGCCGGAGGAUUCUUUACACCUUUCCCCACACAGUGAGGAUGAUGGCAAAGAGACAGGGGGUCCGGACUCUCCAAAAUGGUCAUCAAAGGCAGCUCAUGCUUCCUCCUGCCCCACGCUGCCAGUAAGUAUGGUGAGGAGACCGUGGAGGGCUCAUGGCUCUUUUAACUGUUCUACAGUACUGGAGGGUAAGAGCUCUGACACAGAUUCAUACGGGGGCACAAAAAACAAUAGUGAAUACACUUCUGCUCGAAUGCGGUCAAAAUCAGAGGCCAAACAUCCAAGUCGGCCUUCAACCCCCGAGUCACUGGAUGACUCCAGUUCAGGAUCCAGGCACAGCCCAAGACCACCUUCCUCGAACCGCAAAACAUCACUGGGAAGUAGCACAAGCAGCAAACGAGCCCCAGACUUGCACAUCUAAAACCUGAAUACAAAUGUAUUCUUCUCAUCCUUAUUUGUGCCAUUGCACCAUGGCAACCUGUGUCACUGGGGCAUUCAUAAGACUGUGAUGUCUGCACUGCAGUUCGCAUAUGGAGACAACAGCACUCAAAGCCUUACUCCCCCCCUACUGGUGAAAGGUUGUAAGUUUAUCUUUGGUGUAAAGUUUUGUCUUCAGAUAUUUAAAGCCACUGUGUAGCUGUCAGUAGUGCAUGCUUUGCUGGCAGUUAAUGGCAAAGCAACUUUUCGAUUGUUGUUGUAAUAUUACGGUGAGGGACAACAGAGGUCUGCUGAUGUAAACUGUAUAUUUUAUAUAUUUUUAAAUGUUCUUUGGAAUAAAGUUGUUUUCUAUUAUGACCAACUGCA